GGCAAAGUAGAAAAUCUAGGACUAUUUUAAUGUCAACGGAGUACCACCAGCUCAGUGAGUUGCUGAUAGCAAUUGGAAGCGCCUGUUCAACUUCUCUCUAGUAAUCGAAGGAAAAUCUUAAGAAAAUGAGUGAGCCUAGCGGUAGAGUAACAGUGCAUUGGCCUGCAGCAAAUCCUGGAGGUAGAAAUGUGGAACCACAAGAGAAAGAUCCAGAAAUUGACACAUUGUAUGGUGUCGAUUUGAGGGUCGGAGAUAAAUCCACGUUAACAGUGAAGUAUAACACCUUUAAGGGCCCUGCUACCAUCACUGUGUACGACUCUUAUAACAGAAGCUACAGAAAAUCCGGUCGUUCCAGGAGCGGAACUCUCCAGUUCACUAUAGCCAAAGCUACCAAGGGACACCAAGGAGUAUACAAGGUGGAGGUUAAGGACGAACAACGGAGCGAGGUAGAGUCCCGGAACCCGGUUAGCACUUCAUGCAGAGUAACUGUAGAUGACAGUUGGUGGUGUGCAGUUCUAUAAAGAAUGAAGCUGUGACUACCAUCCCCACAAAUAGUACUCUUGUGAAGAUUCAGCAGAUGCUGCAAUGACUUGAGCCAAACAUCUAUAAUGAGCAGCCAUGUAGUACUCAACCAUCGACCUUCCCAUUCUAGCUCAAAUCUUC